AUGGACUCUGCUUCACCCACAGACGGUCGGUUUACUCGGAUCUCACACGGCUAUCCCCACGCCCACGUCCACCCCCACAUGCACAUGCCGAGCGGCUCUUGCCGUCUCCAGCCGUGUGGUGAAACUGAGACAGGGCCCGCAUGUCCGAAUCUGAAAUUCAAUUCCAGCCCCAGAACUCAUCAUCCAAAGGCGUUCUCAUCACCAAGUCUAUUACGCUAG